AUGGGGAGUGGCAGACCCUCUAUGGGAUACAUAUAUGGUGAACUUAUGAACGCUAAAAAGGAAAUUGCCUUUCGCUUUGAAAACAAGGAAGAGCACUAUUUGCCAGUAUGGCACCAUAUAGAUUUUAGAAUAAAUUUGUACAUGAUGAAACCAUUGCACUUAGCUGCUUAUUAUUUGAAUCCUUGGUUCUACUAUCAAAACAGACAUGAAAUUGAAAAUACAGAAAUAUUCAGAGAUGCACUUUUUGAGUGUGCAUGUAAGAUGUACCAAGAUGAGUCUACACAAGAGAAAAUUGUGCAUCAAUUGAAGCUUUACAGCACUGAUUCACAGAGUUUUGGAAUGGUUCAUGCCUUUAGUACUCGGAUGGAUGUUCACCCAGUUUCCUGGUGGCAAUUACAUGAUGGUACAGCAAAGGAGUUGAGUACUAUGGCACUGAGGAUACUAUGGUUAACCUGUGGCUCACUGGCCUACGAGCCAAGUUGGAUUGAAAUGAUCCAUAAAGAAAAGCCAUCUUGGAUUAAAAUUUUUCAAUUUGAGGAUUCAAUGUUUGUGACCGUCAACAGAAGGAUACAAGGGAAAGCUCAAAUGAGAGAUAGAGAUCAUGUACUUGCGUACCUUCACCGUGACGACGAACCAUUUGAAUGGCUGGUGGGCAUGUUUCCCUAUGAGGCCCAACGACAGGAUAAUUGGGAUUUGCUGAUGGCACGAGCGAGAAGCGGAGAUGGAGUAGGUCUAGCGAAGCUGGCAAAUAAAUUAUUUAUCGAGGCAGAGUAUGUGGCAUCCGAUGAAGAAAGUGAUGAAGAAGCACCAUGUCAGUCUAUCAAAAUUAAGACGUUGUCUGGUGCUUCACGCUCAAAACGAGAGAAGAGGCCACGGCUGGUCAAAGGUAAUCUGAAAGAUGAUGAGUCCGAGGGAAGUGAUGGAAACAUCAGCUACUAA